CCCCCUGCCGCCGGCUCCCUCGGGCUGGCAGUGUGUUCGCGCCUGCGCUGGUCCUUGUCUCGGAGCAGCCAUGAUGGAAGGCCUGGACGAUGGCCCCGACUUCCUCUCGGAGGAAGACCGCGGACUUAAAGCAAUAAAUGUAGAUCUUCAAAGUGAUGCUGCGCUGCAAGUGGACAUUUCUGAUGCUCUUAGUGAGAGGGAUAAAGUAAAAUUCACUGUUCACACAAAAAGUUCAUUGCCAAAUUUUAAACAGAACGAGUUUUCUGUUGUUCGACAACAUGAAGAAUUUAUCUGGCUUCAUGAUUCCUUCGUUGAAAAUGAAGACUAUGCAGGAUAUAUUAUUCCACCAGCACCACCAAGACCUGAUUUUGAUGCUUCAAGGGAAAAACUACAGAAGCUUGGAGAAGGAGAAGGGUCAAUGACAAAGGAAGAAUUCACAAAGAUGAAACAGGAACUGGAAGCUGAAUAUUUGGCAAUAUUCAAGAAGACAGUUGCAAUGCAUGAAGUGUUCCUAUGUCGUGUGGCAGCACAUCCUAUUUUGAGAAAAGAUCUAAAUUUCCAUGUCUUCUUGGAAUAUAAUCAAGAUUUGAGUGUGCGAGGAAAAAAUAAAAAAGAGAAACUUGAAGAUUUCUUUAAAAACAUGGUUAAAUCAGCAGAUGGAGUAAUUGUUUCAGGAGUAAAGGAUGUAGAUGAUUUCUUUGAGCAUGAACGAACUUUCCUUUUAGAAUAUCAUAACCGAGUUAAGGAUGCGUCUGCUAAGUCUGAUAGGAUGACAAGAUCCCACAAAAGUGCUGCAGAUGAUUACAAUAGAAUUGGUUCUUCAUUAUAUGCUUUAGGAACUCAGGAUUCUACAGAUAUAUGCAAGUUUUUCCUCAAAGUUUCAGAACUGUUUGAUAAAACUAGA